AUGGCCGACAUGAAAACGGGCAUCUUCGCCAAAAACGUCCAGAAACGGCUGAACAGGGCGCAGGAGAAGGUACUUCAAAAGCUAGGGAAAGCUGAUGAAACAAAAGAUGAACAGUUUGAAGAAUAUGUUCAAAACUUCAAACGACAAGAGGCGGAAGGUUCCAGGCUCCAGAGAGAGCUACGAGGAUAUUUAGCUGCCAUCAAAGGCAUGCAAGAGGCCUCUAAGAAGCUUACAGAAUCUCUUCAUGAAGUAUAUGAGCCCGAAUGGUAUGGCCGGGAAGAUGUGAAAAUGGUUGGAGAGAAAUGUGAUGUGCUCUGGGAAGACUUUCAUCAAAAGCUGGUGGAUGGAUCAUUGCUGACCCUGGAUACAUACCUGGGACAGUUUCCUGAUAUCAAAACUCGCAUUGCAAAGCGAAGCAGAAAGCUGGUGGACUAUGACAGUGCAAGACAUCACUUGGAAGCCUUGCAGAGCUCAAAAAGAAGAGAUGAAAGCAGAAUUACAAAGGCAGAAGAAGAGUUUCAAAAAGCACAGAAAGUGUUUGAAGACUUUAAUAUUGAUUUACAAGAAGAGCUGCCAUCUCUAUGGUCAAGACGAGUUGGCUUCUAUGUGAACACUUUCAAAAAUAUAUCCAGCCUUGAAGCCAAGUUUCACAAGGAAAUAGCUUUGCUAUGCCACAAACUGUAUGAGGUGAUUACCAAAUUGGGAGAUCAGCAUGCUGACAAGGCCUUUACCAUCCAAGGAGCACCCAGUGACUCAGGUCCACUCCGCAUUGCGAAAACACCAUCGCCCCCUGAGGAGGCUUCUCCCCUGCCUAGCCCUUCAUCUAGUCCCAAUCAUACACUGGCACCUGUUUCAUCUCCUGCACCAGCUCGGCCUAAAUCACCUUCACAGUUGAGGAAAGGGCCUCCUGUCCCACCGAUGCCUAAACUCACACCCACAAAGGAGCUGCAGCAGGAGAAUAUCAUCAGCUUCUUUGAGGACAACUUUGUACCAGAAAUCAGUGUGACGACUCCUUCACAGAAUGAAGCUCCCGAAGCUAAGAAAGAGGAAUGUUUGCUAGAUCUGGACUUUGACCCUUUCAAGCCAGAAGUGGUAUCAACAGGAAUAACCCUAACCCACUCACCCAUGUCUCAGACAUUGCCCUGGGAUUUAUGGACGACAAGCAGUGAACUGGUGCAGCCGGCAUCCAGCAGCACAUUUAAUGGAUUCACACAGGACACUUCUCUAUUCACAGUGCAAUCCAAUCAGAAUGUGGUAGAUAACUUGAUUGAGGCGGAAGAAGCGCCAUCUUUGGAACCCCAGGCUGAAGAACCCCUCUCUCCCCCUGCCACGGCUCCUGUUGCUGCCGCGGUUCCUGUUGCUGCCGCGGUUCCUGUUCCUGCCACUGCGCCUGUUCCUGCCACUGCGCCUGUUCCUGCCACGGUUCCUGUUGCUGCCGCUGCUCCUGUUGCUGCUGCUGCUCCUGUUGCUGCCGCUGCCGCUGCCCCUGAACAGGAAGCUCUGCCUGCUGAGCCUAGUGAGCCAGCAGAGGAAGCUGUGCAGGAGACUGUCACAGCAGGUGAAAAGGAGACAACUGGGAUUGCUGAGGAAGGGAGUGAGAUGGUAGCUAUAACUGAAGAUGCAGGAGCAGUUGAAAAUGCUGUUGUAACUGAAGCCAGUGAAGGUGCUGCUGCAGCUGAAACAGCUGAUGAAGGUGACAAACCUAAAAUAGAAGAGAAGGAAGCAGUGGUGGCUCAGGAGAAAGUCAGCAGCAUCCCUUCACUAGUAAUAGAGCCAGCAUCAAACAACGAAGGGGAGGGAGAGGAGCAUGAAGUCAUAGUGAAUGAAUCCGAAGAUGUUGUGGAAGACGUUGGCACUCAGGGCAUUGAAAGUGAUGCCAGUGAAACUUCCCAGGUAGUAAGUGAGCAGAAAACCAUUGAAGAAAUCCAAACUACAUCCUCUGAAGAACAGCCUGUGUCAGCGGACGAUGCAGCCCAUGGAAUGCCACCUGGCUUUCUCUUUAAGGUUGAAGCGCUACAUGAUUUUGAGGCCGCUAAUACUGACGAACUUAACUUAAAACGAGGAGAUACUGUACUAGUAAUCCCUUCUGAGGCCACAGAUGACCAGGAGGCUGGCUGGCUGACAGGCAUUAAAGAAUCGGAUUGGCUGCAGUACAGAGAUGCAGUAACCUAUAAGGGACUUUUCCCAGAGAACUUCACAAAGCCCUUGGAGUAG